AUGAAGAGUUUUGGUUCCAUUACAGCCAAGUCCAACUGCAUCCAACUUCAUCGAUUCGUUCGGCUUGGAGAUAAGGCCGACAGUCAAGUUUUCACUUUCAUCGUACCAUCUCAGCUGACGCGCGGUUUCAUUAACACGGCCCAAUCUAAGGAAUUUCCUUAUGGAGGGCAGAGUUGGCAAUUGCAGUUGUGCUUGCAGCAUGACGAUGUCCAAGCAAAAAUUACUGACGAGAGCGUAGCAAAUGGAUGCGAGUCUCCACGAGCCAUGGGACAGAAGACGUAUCUCAAUGUCGGCCUUACGUUGUGUGGUGGCCUGGCUGGCAUGUACUGCAAACUUGAGAUGAUUCGCUAUACCAUUUUAAAUCGAGAGUCAAUCCACUACAAUAGAACCCAUGAGGAACGACAUGUAGCAUUUACGGCCGACAAUCCAACGCGCUGGAAACAGGGCUGGAUUGGAGCCGACCGAUUGGCAUCUGAACAUUUUUAUUUCGAUGACUGGACAUGGCUGGUUGAAGUGGAGCUUCAGGGUGCAAGCACAGCAUACGAAGAGCUCUUCACUCUACCUAAAAAUGGGCAAAAGGAUGCUGCUAGUGGGCUUCGAUUAGAAUCCGCCAGUUUCACUUAUGCUGGGUCGGAUUGGAAUGUUAGUUUAAACUGGCCUCCAGUGGACAGCAAGAAACAUAGCAUUACAGCUUUCAUGCGCCAGGCAAGAGGUGCCAGCGAGACUAGUAACAAUUCUCUUUGCCCAAGAGUGAAACUUCAGCGCCACAGUCGAACAAAUCACUGGUGUCGGGUACGAUACAAAGCUACACUCAUUUGGGGCUCGGUGGGAGAGGCAAGUUUUGGGCCAGUGGAUCACCUCAUAACUGCUGACAACGGCGCAACAACUGUCGGCUGUGAAAUCGGCGAUCCUAAAUGGUUUGCAGCAGGCCCACUGCCAGCAAAACAGCGCGUUAAAAUAAUUGUUGAGAUGCUGGCAGCUGCUCCCGUCUCCCGAAUCGAUCUUAUUCCGAUUGCGCCUCAGGGCGGCAAGAAUUUCGCCCGCUGUAAAGAUCCAGAUGGUCAUGAAUGGAUGGUCCUGAGCGACAUUCUUGGCACCUUGGUGCGGCUUCGAUUCUUUCCAGUGGUAGAGAUUUAUCACUACGAAAGCCAAGCAGAAAGCAGUGGUGGUAGCAUUUGUGGUGGGCCCUUGAAAGACAAUUCCUCCUCGCAGAUCCCCGAUCGACCCUGUGAGCUACGAUGUGUGGCUUGGAACGUCCACCUUAUUCCCCACGAUACAUCAAGAGGUGUGGUAAAGGCACUGAAUUCGCCCUAUGUCAGCUAUGUACCCACUUUUCGCUGCUAUAUGGGCAGUUCUGCCGCUGGUCGUAGGGCUUCAGAGGAUCUCUCAGCAGACAGCCAACAGAUGAUGAUUCAUCCCGAUGAAGUGACUGAAGUUGCCUUAGAUCUUCCCGUCGAAAAGGUAUGCGCUAAUUUUGCCUGA